UACGUGAUGCCUCGCAGACCAUCGAGAAGUAGCGUGAGUUGUUUGAACCGGAAGAACCAGGCAGAGUUAGUAUGUGGAUUAAGGGAUCUGAGACAUAGCAUAGACAAGGUGAAUGCUGCUAAUCUGCAGUGUAAACCAACUCUGGAUAGUAUCAACCAGAUACACUCCAAACUGGCAGUAACUGACGGACCGAAGACCAUUUCUACAAGCCAGGCCUCCAAGUUGACGCAGUUGACCGAACAGGCGUUGGAAGAAAGUGAAGUCGAAAUAGAGAUUCUCAAGUCGACCCUGGCUGAGAUCAACAAACUAAAGGAGCUAAGAGGCGAUAAAAGACACUACUUGAUGCCUUGCUCCAAUCGACCUGCCGACCAUUCAAGCUCCGAUUCUUCCGAGUCCAAUGCCGUAUCUUUGCUAUCAUCAUCGGUUUUGGAACCCCUAUCAAUUCUCAGUCCACGUCGCACUAUGCGAAGAGGUGCUUUGAUGACAUUGCUGAGAGAGAAUGCGCUUUCGCUGCCAUUGUACACUGGACCUCCUGAUGAAAACUUGCCCCCGUUGUGUGGUGCUGUGCCUGCGGACUGUUCUUAUGUCGUUCCAGUUGGUCAUUAUGUCGCGGCAAAAGUCAAGACUAACGACGAAGACAUAGUACUUUCCCCGGCCUUCAACGCCAAACGGACUAGUGAGCCCUCCCCUGGUGACCUGCACUCCACAACCUCCUCUGCCCUGUCCUCAGGGGGUUCAGCUGUGUCCUUUUGCUCUGCUGUGAAGUUGGAAGAGAGUCAAACCACGAAUGAGAACUGGAUUCUAGCCGAGUGUGCAGGCUUCAAUAACCUCGGAAAUAACAAAUACGAGAUUCUAGAUAUUGACGAAGACAACAAGGAGUGUGCUAGACAUGUGCUGGGCAAGAGAAGAGUGGUGCCUCUGCCCUUGAUGAAGGCAGAUCCUCUUGUACAUCCAAGGGCCGUCUACCAGAAAGGGGCGCGAGUCAUGGCUCUCUACCCUCAGACGACCUGUUUUUAUUCGGCAGUUGUACACGACAUACCGCAACAUGCCACAGACGAGUACCGAGUAUUGUUUGAAGACUCCUCUUACAGAGACGGCUACUCGCCUCCUCUCUGUGUUCCUGUUAAGUUCGUAGUCUCAGUUAAAGAACCGUCUAGCAGAAAAAAAUGAUUCGCUCUUUUAGCCUAAAGGGACAGGAGGCUUAAAGACGCCAUAGGAGCAUGAUUGAGUAGCUGUAAAGAUGAUACCAUCAUUUCGAGGAGUUUGACUGCUCGUCGAAUUGUUGUUCUGGAAUGUUGACGCAAAUUUCAGAUGGAGGCAAUAGCGGUCUCAAAACUUUACAAAAGUGUAUAAAAGUUACGCGGUGAUGCGAAACUCUUUGAUUGAAAUAAAAGCUUAAAUUCACCUUUCCAUAUGUGGCAGUACAAUUAGUACCGUAUUUAAUUAUAUCAAGGUCGGCAAAAUAGUUUUUUUUUGGGCUCAGCAUUGUUGUCAUUAUAACUUAAGUGCCAAAAAAUACAAUUUGAAUAAAAUGCAAAUAACUUGUUG